GCAACACAAGCAGACGCCGCCACACACUGAAUCGGAUCGAAUCGGAAUCGAAACCCAAUUCGAGCCGCCGGAGAAGCUUCCGUCGGGCGGCGGCAUGAACAAGCGGCCCCGCGACGACCCCUCCUCCUCCUUCGCCUCCGCGCCCAAGCGCCAGUACGGCGCAGGGGGCGGCUAUGGCGCGCAGCAGGGGUACUCGGAGGACCGGGGCAGCGCGCGGCGGGUGGCGGACCACUACAGCGCACGGUCCAACCAGACGCUCGAGGAGCGCGAGAACAGCCCCAUCAUCCACCUCAAGAAGCUCAACAACUGGAUAAAGAGCGUUCUAAUCCAGCUAUAUGCACGCCCGGGCGACUGCGUGCUCGAUCUUGCUUGCGGAAAGGGAGGUGAUUUGAUAAAGUGGGACAAAGCAAAGGUUGGCUACUAUGUAGGGGUCGAUAUUGCCGAAGGCUCGAUAAAGGAUUGCAUGACUCGCUACAACGGUGAUACAGAUCAACAGCGAAGGAAGAAGUUCAGUUUUCCAGCACGACUUAUUUGCACUGAUUGUUAUGAGGCUCGCCUGGAUGAAUAUUUAUCUGAGGAUGCCCCAUUUGAUAUAUGUAGCUGUCAGUUUGCUUUACAUUAUUCAUGGUCAACUGAAGCACGUGCUAGACAAGCCUUGGCAAAUGUGUCUGCAUUACUUCGUCCUGGAGGCAUUUUUAUUGGGACAAUGCCUGAUGCUAAUGUCAUUAUCAAAAGGCUUCGAGAAUCUGAAGGGUUGGAAUUUGGGAACAGUGUUUACUGGGUUAGCUUUGGUGAGGAGUAUGCUGAAAAGAAAUUCCCUGCAUCCAGGCCUUUUGGUAUCAAGUACAAGUUUCACUUAGAGGAUGCUGUUGAUUGUCCAGAAUGGGUUGUUCCAUUCCAUCUCUUCAAAUUACUGGCAGAGGAGUAUGGCCUUGAGCUGGUUCUGAUGAAGAACUUCCAUGAAUUUGUACAUGAGUACUUGCAAAAGGCAGAGUUUACUGAACUGAUGCGGAGGCUAGGUGCCCUUGGUGAUGGAAGGCAUGACCAAAGUACUCUGUCACAGGAUGAGUGGGAAGUUUCCUAUCUCUAUCUCGCGUUUGUCCUGCGUAAGCGAGGGCAACCACCUAGCCAACGGAGAUCCAAUAAUGCAAACAGAGGGAAGAUGUUCCUCACCGAGGGCGAUAUCGAGGUUCUCGGGAUAUAGUCAGAAGUGUACUAUUAGAGAGCUUGCUAACAGCUUUACCAAUUCUAUGCUCCACAUAGCAUGAAAGAAAGUUGUAACUUUAGUGGCUCACCUGUUUGUUCCUCCAAUUUGUAUCUGUUGUAUAACUCCACAGAAUUAAAUCUGUAAACCAAAGGACUCAUAAAUGCAGUUUUGCAGGAAUGAAUAAAUAUUAAUAGGAUUCGUAACUUAUCCUCGA